CCACCUGGACAAAAUGGACAACAAGGUCGUCCAGGAAAUCCAGGUGCAGCUGGUGCUCCUGGAAGCUGCGAUCACUGCCCACCAGCUCGUCUCGCACCCGGUUACUAAUCAUUUCAAUGAUUCAAGAUCACUGUUUCGUUUCAGUGAUCCGUUUUCGACUAAUGAUCACAAUGAUAUAUUCUUAGCGUCCUUAUUCUUCUUAUUCACUUCUGUGUUCUCUGAAAGCUUUGUACUGAAAUAUUUGCAAAAGAACCUUCUAAAAGUUUCAUAA